AUGUGUGUGUCAAUGGCCCUCCCCCUCCCAAUCGUCCCCUUCCUCCUUCUUUUGACCUUCCUCUUGCCAGCCACACCUCCACUGGCUCAGGGAGCCCUCGUCAUCCCACAAGGCUACAAAGUGAACAACAUUUCGCAGCCGCCUGUGCUUGAGGAGCCUUUAGAGGUGCUGACAUCAUACACGGCUUUUUCUCGUGAUGACAUCUUUCUGCCUUGUGAGGCCUCUGGCAACCCGCCGCCCACGUUCCGCUGGGAGAAGGAUGGCCAGACGUUUGGGUCGGAGCGGACAGGAAGCGGUACGAUAGAUGUCAGUGGGGACGAAGUUCUGGAAUUGUACCAGGGCACGUUCAGAUGUUAUGCCUCCAACGCGCUCGGGACUGCCAUGACCCACAUAGUGCACGUCAACGUCGAGGCCCAGCCAGUCCUUCUGAAGCAGCAGAAAUUCAGCCGAGAAGCCUACGUGGGCGAGAGCAUGGUCCUAUCCUGCAACCCGCCACAGAGCUCCAUUCCUCCGCAUAUCCACUGGAUGGACAAGAAAAUGGUGCAUAUCAAGCAGAGUGACAGAGUGACAGUCGGCCUCAACGGCAACUUGUACUUUGCUAAUCUGCUCAAGAGCGACAGCAGAGGGGAUUACAUCUGCAACGCCCAAUACACAGCAGCUAGGACCAUCCUACCCGACACCGCCAUCGCCCUUACCGUGCUGCCCACUAACGACGUUGGUCAUGGCAAACCGCCUCACAUCUUCCACAAAAGCGGUUCCCACUCAUCAGUGUUAGCGCUCCGUGGCCAAAGUCUCACCUUGGAAUGUAUUCCUAAAGGCCUUCCGACUCCAAAGGUGGAGUGGAAGAAAAAGGAUGGCAACCUGGAUGAGAGUGGCGGACAACCUGAACAUUACAACCGCUGGCUCUACUUUGACAGCGUCAGUCAGAGUGAUGACGGCGAGUACGAAUGUCGAGCUUUCAACACGCACGGCUCCAGCGUGCACUCCUUCACAGUCACUGUUGAAGCUGCACCUUAUUGGGUGAAAGAGCCCCAAAGCCUGCUCUACGCACCUGGUGAAACCGUUCGACUGGAUUGUCUCGCUGAGGGCAUUCCGACGCCAAAAAUAACCUGGAGCAUCAAUGGUCAGCCGCUCCCAGCGGUGGACAAAAACACACGACGCAGCGUGUCAGGCGGUGUGCUGAAGCUGAAAGAUGUCUUGUUGAAUGACACGGCCGUGUAUCAGUGCGAGGCUGCCAACAAACACGGCACCAUCCUACUCAACGCGUACCUCCAUGUUGUUGAACUCCCCCCUCAGAUCCUGUCCUCAGACAGUGUCGUGUACCGGGUCACGGAGGGCGGAACUGUCAAGAUGAACUGUGAGACUUUCGGCUCGCCACUCCCUCACGUUAGAUGGGAGGGACAGGAUUUGGCACCCCUGCUGUCAGAUCCUCGUGUUGCCCUUUUGACCAACGGCACACUAGAGUUGUCCGGUGUGGGUCCUAGCGACAGUGGCAUGUACACUUGCUUGAUCAAAAACACCAACAUCUCCAUCAAAGCUCACCUGGAAGUGUUCAACAAGACGACAAUCGUGACCGGCCCGCAGGAUGUGCGGGCACUCAGAGGGGGAAACGCCCUGCUGGACUGCCACUUUGGAAAAGAUGCCCGGUUGCUGCGCUUCCAGAUUGUCUGGAGGAAAGAUGGCCAAAAACUUCAGGAAUCAUUUCCUGAUGACAAGUAUACUGUCUUCUCAAACGGAACAUUAAAGGUGACAGAUGUCCAAUCAGAAGACAACGCGGCAUAUUCUUGCGAGGUCAUUACAGAACUGGAUCAGAUGACCGCCAGCGGCUCAAUCACAGUCGUAGCUCAUCCAGACCCCCCUCAGGAUGUGACUUUGUCUGACGUGAAAGAUGACACUUUGACCCUCAGCUGGAUCCCGGGUCGCUCAAACAACAGCCCCAUCACAGAGUUUAUCGUGGAGGCAAAGGAGGAGCAGCACUCGCAAAGGCACAACAGUGACACUUGGAGGUGGGAGGCGCUGAAGCGGGUUCCUGCCGACUUUAACCACCUGCAGCUCAGCCUGCACCCUUUCUGCACCUACACCUUCCGUGUCAUUGCCGUCAACCAGAUUGGCACCAGCGAGCCCAGCCAUCCCACCCCCCACCACAGCACUCCCCCAGCGGUACCACGCAACAACCCCACCAGUGUUCGCAGUGAAUCCUCCGACGCGGGAACUCUUACUAUCUCAUGGGGCGAAAUGCCGAGGCGAUCGCAUAAUGGCCAAGACUUCCAGUACAAGGUGCUGUGGAGGAAGGCGGGGGGCAAGACUGACCGCUGGAACCACGGCUAUGCCAAGUCGCCACCCUUUUUGGUCAACGACACAGGAACGUACAUACCAUUCGAGAUCAAAGUCCAAGCUGUAAAUGCGCUGGGUGAAGGACCUGCUCCAGAGGCUGAAAUUGGACACUCGGGCGAAGAUGUUCCAGAGGAGUCUCCAAGCGGGGUCGUCGUCCGGGUAAUGAACCGUACAGUCGCCGUGCGGUGGAACGAAGCACAGAACGUCCGUGGUCUUCUUCUGGGCUAUAAGAUUUAUAUCAAGAGGCUGGGUCCCGAGGGAAGACGUGUCCGGCGGUCCCCGGGGGAGGUAAGCCAUCUGCAAGAGGGAAACAAGCACGAGGGAAGAUUGGACCAAACAAAAGAAGAUGACAAGGUGGUGGUAGUACACGGCAUGAAGACCGCCACAGAAGUCACGGGUUUGCAGCUCUUCUCCCGCUACGCCAUUUCCAUCACUGCCUUUAACAGCAAAGGAGAGAGCCCAGCUUCUCCGGACGUCCUAUUCAGCACCCCGGAAGGAGUGCCCGGCCCACCAGCGUCGCUGCUGUUUGAGAGCCCUUCGGAGAACUCAAUGUUUCUAUACUGGAGCCCCCCACUUCAAACCAAUGGAAUUCUCCUGGGAUACAAGGUGUUGUACCAACAGGAGGUGAAGAGCCGAGACAGUCCUGUACAGAUAGAGAUGAUUGGUGAUCCGAGCAUGACUCACCGUCUGCUGGAAUCUCUGGACCCCCAGAGCUACUACACCUUCCAGGUGAUAGCCCGUACUGCCGCUGGGGACGGUCAGCCUAUCACCAGGAGGAAUGCCACCCUUUUUGACGGAGUUCCACCGGCAAAUAUUAAUGUCACUGCUGACAAGACAUCACUCAACCUGAGCUGGGUACCUGGAGAGCGUGAGAGGAACCAUGGUUUUCAUAUUGAUUUCCUCAAGAAGAGUGUGGGAGGUCAGUGGGAGGAGUCGGAAAUUGUGAACUCGUCGCAGGGUUUCUACUCGCUGACAGGUCUUCAACCAGGAACUGAGUACCAUCUUGUUGUCAUGCAUGGGAACAACACUCAAUGGGAAGCCGCAAGCUGGACAUUAGGACCAGGCCCAUCGGAAGUGAGCGGUGGCUUUGCCACUCGAGGCUGGCUGAUCGGGCUCAUCAGUGCCAUAGUGCUGCUCAUCCUCAUCCUGUUCAUCUUGUGCCUGAUCAAGCGUAGAAAAGGUGGCAAAUAUGCUGUAAAGGACAAGGAAGAAAAAGAGGUGGACUCAGAAGCUCGGCCCAUGAAGGAUGAAACCUUUGGAGAGUACAGAUCUUUGGAGAGCGAUACAGAUGAGAAGCGUUCGGAGAGCCAGCCAUCGCUAUGUGGCGACAGCAAGUUGGGCAGCGACGACUCAUUGGCUGAGUAUGGCGACAGUGUUGACAUCCAGUUCAACGAGGAUGGCUCCUUUAUUGGCCAGUAUAGCGGACGGGCCCCCGCCCCUACCGGGAACGAAAGCUCCGGCCCUGCCUCCCCGGACAACGCAGUGCCGCCUCCCCCCAUCGCGCCGUCCAUGUCAAGCAUCCUCAACCGACCCAGCUAA